AUGGACUAUGUUUUCAAUAUGCUUGAGCAGUACGCUUCUACGUUAGAGGGAGAGGUUGAGGACAGAACGAAGCAGUUAGCAGAGGAGCAAAAGAAGAGUGAUAUCCUGCUGUAUCGAAUGCUACCCAGGUGGAUCAUUGCCACAAAGCAAAUAGGAAGCCCUUCCGUACGAAGGUUCCCUCAGACUCUACUUUCGCUAUGUGGCAGUGAUAAUCUACGUUUAUCUGUAUUGCGUGCCUGCGCUCAAUCUACUCUGCUAUUUCAAAGACAAGUGGCCGAAAAGUUGAAACUUGGUCAAUCUGUCGAACCCGAAACGUUUGAAAGCGUGACUGUGUUUUUCUCGGACGUGGUUUCGUUCACAACCCUUGCUGCAAAGUGUAAAAUCCUAUGCAGGUACGUCGUCUCGUUACCACUACUCCACAUUAACAGGAUGUCAUUCAGACGCGCGCUUCGAUUCAAGAUUUACCACGCAGCAGCGUAG